CAUGAACGGCAGCCGCACCUUGACAGUUAAAAAUCUGAGGAGGAGUGACUCAGCAGAAUACAUACUCACAUUCAAGGAAAAAUAUAUAAAAUGGAAACUGUCUGAUUUCUCUGGAGUCACUUUGGUUGUCACAGGCCUCAGAGUGAAGUUCACUCCCUCUGCAGUGGUGACAGAGGACCAGAGAGUCACACUGACCUGCAGUACCAGCUGUCCUCUGACUGACGACACAAACUACAUUUGGUUCUUCAACAGUCGACCUUUGACCCUGACAGAGAGCCGAAACAAACACCUGAUUCUAGACCCAGUCAACAGUCUGCAUGCAGGAAACUACUCCUGUGCUGUCAAAACCCAGAGAGACUUCACAUCCCCUGAAGAGACUCUGACUGUCCAAGCUUCAGGGAAGUCAAUGGCGAUAAUUAAUGCAGUGAGACUGACUGUUGUAUUGCUGAUCCCGAUUCCUUUUCUUCUCUUCCACCUGUGGUUGAGACGCACUUACAGAGUGAGAACAUCUCAGUCAUGGUAAUGAAAUCCUGCAGCACAAAGAGAACCUGCAGAUGACGAGGGGACACGGUCUACUAUGUGAUUAAGCAUGUAAACAGGAUGCUUCACAACAUGUGCAACAACUGCCUGUCUUUAUCUUUUGUAUGAUAAUCUAAACGGUGCAAAGACACAUUUUAAGUCAGGCAACUCAAUAUGCAGCAUGUAUGUUUUGUUGUAGUUUUGAGGUAUUGAAUUUUGAUUUUGGUAGUAAAUAAUGGGUUUAAUUUGUUAAGUGACCAGAAACAUGAGUCCAAAAGAACUGUAAUAACAAUAUGUGUCAGAUGGAUUUGACAUUAAGUCAGGACUUCGACUUAUUCAGCCAUUUGUGCAAUACAAAUUAAUGCAGCUUGAUUUUUUCAUUGUAAGGUUUGUUGUUUAGUUCUCAUUUGUUUUACAGCUUUUUUAAAUAUUAGCUGGGCAGUUUAUGUAAUUAAGAUGCAUUUUGCUAAUAAGUUAAUAUGAUGCAGCUUAAACUGAUGUCCAUAUACAGCAAUGGGGGAGGGGGGUGCAAAGAAAAUCUAGUGUUUGAGAGUAUAUAACUCACUUUGAUGAUUUACAGUACAUCACAAACUUUGUUGUUGUUUUGCUGUUAUAAGUUAAAGGUUGACUUUGUAGGGUUUAGAGGGAAACUGAAUACAAUACUUGUAUAAUAAGUAUGUAUUCUUUUGUGUAGAAUCUGCUGAAAAUAAUGAUCACUAUGUUUCCUUUUCGCUUAGAAUGAGCUAUUUAUCUCUACAUGGAGAGCAGGUCCUCACUUACGGAGAUCGGUAUGUUACACCGCCAUGUUUCUAUGGUAGCCCAAAACAGACAAACCAAAUACUGGCACCAUUGUCCAUAGUCAGUGUUUUCACCGGUUUAGCUCACCUAGUCUGUUUGUUUUCAAGAGAAAGAGAACUCUGAUUAUAAUUUCAGCUCCUGGUUAAAACCUCCUGA